AUGUCGUCCAGUUCAGACUCACCUGGUAAACCACCAAUGAUGACCUUGUCACUCGAACUUCCUCAGGCUAGUGCCACAUCAUUCAACCUUUACCUUUACAGGGCAUCACUUAGCUCUGUGGGCUUCCCACCUUUAGGUGGACACACAGUCAAUACUGUGAAGGGUCUUCUGAGAUCAGAGCUCGAUGGCCAUGUCAUUGAUGAGUCUGGCCUCAGUAAGAUGAAAUUUACCAAUUCUAUCUUCCAUGCACUCAUCCCCAUAUCCUCCCUUCAACUACACCACAUCGAAAAGAUCAAGUACCACAAGAAGGAUGGCUCACCAGAAACCGACCACUAUGGGAGUGAUGAUGAAUUCAAUGGCACUGUAAAGACAGGAUUGAAGAGGAAACAAAACAAGUGUUCAACCAAGAGGGACUUACAGUACUUAUUCCAUGCUGUUCAGUGGGCCCUGCACAAUCGAAGCAGAUACCCACAGAAACUUCCCUUUGAUAUUUCUCCCAUUGAGCGGUACUGGUCUGCAGAGUUUGCGAACUCACCCAUACCAGACCCAUAUAACAUGCAGGAGCCUGAUGUAGCCCUGCUCUAUUACAAGAACAAACUUCAGGACAAAACAUGGGCUGAUGUUUUGAGCUUCGUGGAACACACCUCCAGCAAUUUUGCUAUAACACACGAUUUAGCAGUGUAUUGGGGAUCUGCUACCAAAGUGUACCUCAUUAUGUGGGAACAACCCUGGCGUCGCUUCAUUUUUGCCUACUCUAUUUGUGCAGAUGACCUUCAUGCCCAUUAUUUUGACUGCUCAGGCCUCAUCAUGUCCCUUCUGACCCCCAUCCACAAAUUUCCAAUCUAUGUCACCAAGGCAAUAGCCACGACUGUGUUAGCAGAUCCGCAGUACUUUGGCCUUGACCCCACCAUCCAUAUGUGCAUUGCUGAUUGCCAGGGUACUCACCUCUCUCUGGCUGUGGGGGCGAAAGGAUGGGUAGUCAACAAUAAUGGUAAAACUUACUCGAUGUAG